AUGGCGGAGUUGGCUCUGGAGUCGGUGCGGCAGGAGCUACAAAACCAGCACGAAGUGCUUCUAGUACGACUUGAUUCGUGGAUGAGCCGGAUGGAGGGUCACCUGCACAGGCCUGACGCCCUUCACCCAAACAUCAAUAUCCCGGAAGAGGAGCUGGCUGAAGUUGUCACUCCUGCUGGCUUGUCAUCGGCGGACGACGAGCCCACCUUCCCCCCGACAAUAAGUGCUCGCGGCACCUCUGACAAUGACCAGGAUCAUGACCAGUCAGCUGGUCUGGACAGCUACACACUGGCCAAGCAGCAAGGCUCGAAAAUUGAUAUCCUCUUCCAGAGCAAAACCGAGGAAGCAAGCAGCCAUGUUCCCAGCGCUGCGCUGGCGGCAAGCUGUUGUCCCACCUUACAAAGAUGGUGUUCGCGGAUUGUUGGUUCUCUUUUCUGCGAAUUUUUUUUUGCGUUCGUCAUCCUCACAAAUUCAAUUUAUUUAGGAGUGCAGCUGGAAGUGACAGCCGCGCAGGGCCAAAAUGCGGUGCACAAGGAGAUUGCUUUCGCAGUCCUGAACAUCUUCUAUGCUGUAAUUUUUUUAUUGGAAGUGUGCUUGAGACUGACAGCAUUCGGACCGAGAGCCUAUUUCUUUGCCAGCAGUUGGGCUUGGAAUUGGCUAGAUGUCUUCGUGGUGACUUCAACAUGGGUGGAGCUGCUAGUUGGCCUUUGGGAGGUUGAGGGCUCGGAGGGACUCUCGAACAGCAAUCUCCGGCUAUUAAGGCUUGUGAAGGUUAGUCGCCUGGCGCGCGUUAUGCGCAUGCUUCGGGUCGUCCAAUAUGUGAAGCCAUUGCGGACCCUCAUGCACUGCUUGGUGGACACCACGAAGUCCUUUGUCUGGUCAUUUCUGUUGCUGUUCUUGAUGAUGUAUGUCUUCGGACUGUUAUUCACAGAUGCAGUUUUGGAUUUUAUGGCUGAUCAGCAAGAAGCAGCCCCUGAUCAACCAUCUGAUUACGCUCAGCUGGCAUACUUCUUUGGCUCUGUUGGUAGCUCCAUACAAACGCUCUUUCGGUCAGUGUCAAACGGACUGGACUGGAGUGAUGCUGCAGAAGAGCUGGAGCCAGUUGGCUUCAUUUGGGUUUGGAUCUUCAACUUCUACAUUUGCAUCAUCACGCUGGUGCUCGUCAAUGUGCUCCUUGGUUUGGUGGAGGUCUUUUUGGGCUGCAAGCUUAUGGCGACUAGGAUUCUUUAA